CUUUCACUACUAAGUAUCACAUCUAAAAUAUUCGAAAGACGUAUUCACAAGCAUGUCUAUAACUUCUUUCACCAGAAUUCAGUACUUACCAAAAUAGAAAGCGGAUUCGUGAAAGGAGACUCAACUAUCUACCAACUAAUUGACUUGAAUCAUUUCUUUACGAGUGCUACAGACAAUUCCAAAUAA